UUUUUUUUUCCAAAUACAUUUGACACCCACAGAGCUACAGAGAGUGCCCACAACCCGCCUCUUUGUUACUCCUACUCCGAGCAAGGUAUGGCAGACACCAUGGAAGUUGACGCGGGCGUAGAAGAGAAGAAGGGUGAAGAGCAAAAUGUUCCUGCUACCGCUGCUUCUGCUCCGGGGAAAAAAGGCAACAACAUCAUGCUACAUCCGCUCACCGUUAUCACGAUUUCAGACCACCACACCCGAGUCUCGACGGGAGGUGGGGCCCAGGAAGCCGGCGGGCGCGUGAUCGGUCUCCUGUUUGGGUCUCAGAAUGGGCGCGACGUGAGCAUCUACGAUGCGAUGGAGGUGGCGUGCACCGCUGUGGGGGCGAACGGUUUAGAAUUGAACGAAGCUUUGGUUGAGAAGCAGAAGGACCUAUAUACUGCGGUUUACCCGAUGUACGAGAUACUGGGGUGGUACACAGUCGGCACAGAAGUCACGGAGCUGGAUUUGGGCAUCCAACGCCAGAUGACGAAGUUCAACUCGUCUCCGCUCUUCUUGCUAAUGAACCCUAGCCCUGCUCAAGGGUCUAAGGAACUACCAGUUUUGAUUCACGAGUCGGAGUCGCACAUGUUGGACGGAGUAGCACAGUCUACCUUCGUUCAGCUGGCUUUCCAGGCGACUUGAAACUACGCAGGCGGAGCAGAUCUCCGUUGAGCACGUGGCCAAGGCGACUCCCACCGACGGCAUAUCAUCGAUGAGCACGUCUCUACGGACCCUCCUCGCCAGAAUUGAGAUCCUGCGGACAUUCCUGGAGGAGACCAAGAAGGGCAACAUCUCCGUAGACUACCCCCUGCUGCGACAAAUCUCAAGCAUCUGCAACCAGCUCCCGACGAUGGAGGGAGCACAGUUCUCCGAAGAGUUCAUGCGGGAAUUCAACGACUCGCUUUCAGUCGCGUAUCUGGCGACGGUGCAGAAGGGCGCUGGCUCCAUGAACGACCUUGCGGACAAGUUCAUGAUAGCGUUUGGGCACCGACGACCUAUUUGAUGCUCGUGCUCGUCGUGGGGGUGUUGUACGUUAGUAGCUGCCCUGCGUUGGGAACGAAGCUUGUUUGUUGCAUGGCUUCCCACUUUCCACCAAUAGAAACAAUUGGAGGUUCAUCCGACUCGCUGUGGUUAUUUUCUUAGAGGAAGUGGUGUGCUAGCCUCCCGUUCCGCCCGCAAGGAAAUCGCUGUGGGAUAUGGAGUAUGCAAACACGUGCUUCUCUGAGCAUGCAGCAAGGAUGCCUCCCUCCGUCGACGGUGGUACUGCUGCACCAUAUGGGCAGGUAUUGUGCGAAAAGGGCCAUCGCGAGUACAUUUCUCCACGACCGAGCGCGGAUGUAUCGCCGGCUGCUUUCCCGGCCGAUCGCGGAUGUUGCUGCCGUAACGUGCCUCUCUUCUUCAGUGCUGUUGAUUGCCCAGGCUUUGGCAGGACAUCGACGUCUUUUCGCUCCUUCGGGAUUUGAUCCGCUCCCACUCGACGGUCCGGUGAGAACCCGG